AUGCCGGAAUCUCCAUUCGCCAAGUCAAUCCCCCUCUUUGAAGACUCUGAGCCCGAUUGCCUAUUGGAAAGGGGGCCUUUCGACGGACGCGACAAAUUCUUUGUCGUGUUCGAUUCUGGCCUUGACGGACUACUCUCGAUUUAUGAGGGCUCUGAGCCACAUUGCCUCUUUGACGAGCCAACAUCACUCUUCGAUAAGCCGAAAUACAAUAUAAAUAAGCCUACGGAUAAUAUGUGCUUGAAUGAUACAUCAUGUUUGCUGAACAAAUUCUACUUCUACUUUAGGUAUGUUUCUGGAGACAGGUCUAUGCGUAGUCAACGUCCCUUAGGAUCCGGCUUCUCCAACUACGGCUCAUGCGAGGCUCCCCCCAAAACGGCGGAGAAAAACGCGUGGGGGAGUGUUCAAGUACCGCCAACAGUGGCCCCAAAGCACACUGAUAUUAGGUCUGGCUUUAGCCGCGCGGACCUGUCCACUGAGAAGCUGCCACAAGUGUCACAUCCCGGGAAGGCAGGCCUGAAUGGAGUUGAGACCCUAAUGAUGCUUGGGAUUACGCUGCUGUGGUUUUUUAUGAUAUACCGCAUCUUCCGGAGCACUGUGGGCGCUCAGGUGGUGUGGAAAAGGAAACUAGUAAUUGAAUGA